AACUGAUCUAAAUUAACUUUCAAAUCCCUGAAUCAAAUCGGUGUAGACAUCAAUAAACAAGAUCAAAAACGAUUUAAAGGUUUGAUUCUGCCGUGUGGUGAUAGUUGAAGAAGAGAAAAAAAAGUGAUGUAAGUAAAUCCAUACCGCAAACAUCCACACCUACAGGACUGUAUAUAAGUCACAACAUAAUAAACUUUUAAAAACAGCAGUUGCUAAUAAUAUAAUUAUGACGGUCAAACCAUAGAUAGUUACCAUUGAUUCAUCAUAUGUCAUGCAAGAUGAACAAGUGCUGAUUGAUCGAUUGGAGGAUCAGAUCAUUGAUCAUCCAGACGCAUCAACGAAGCAGGAGUUACAUGAUUCAUUGGAUGAAACGUUUCAAAAGAAAUUGAAUGCAAGAGCAGAACAGAUCAAAUCAAAUCAAUAUGAUAGACGAUAUAAAAGUCAAGACAAUGGUCCUGGUGGAGUAUCACCGUCAAGUGGUGGUGCUGGACCUGGUAGUGGGACUGUCAACUAUCAAUUCUUAAUCACCAAGUAUCAUCUUCAAUAUGAAUAUACUGAUUAUGGAGAAUUGGAACAAGAGAUCAAUGAAUGGUUUACUAAGAAUGAUUUGAAUGUAUUGGGGGGAUUAACUACUUUACCAUAUGUAUAUGAGAUGACUUUAGAAGAACAACGAGAUAACUUCCCCCUUGAAGAUCUUAAGAUUGAAUUGCUUAAAGAUUCAUUACCAAUAUUAAAAGUAGGAAAACUAUGGGAGGCAGAUAGUAGUAUUACUAAAGUCUCACAAGUGUUAAUAUACUAUUCAUUAGGAGAAUAUGAGAAUAAAUCAUACGUACAAGAUCAAUUGAAUUCAAUUUUGGAAAAUAAUACCAAUUUAUUAAAGUUGAAAGUUUACAUUCCUUUAAUUUCCUUAUUACAACAAUUCUUUAAACAUAGAAUAACUACAGAUAAAUCAUCAUCAAUCUUGAAACCUAUAACACCAAUCGUUGAACAGAGCUAUUUCCAAACCUUAACUUUGAUCUAUGUAAUGGUUCAAUCUGCCAUAAACCUUCCUGAUUCACCUGAAAUUGAAGAAUUCAGACAGUGGUUAGCUAAGACAGAUCUUUUAUCAUCAUUAAUUGAAUUCAUUGAACAUUGGAAAUGGAAACCAAAUACAUCAUAUAGAAUCAGAUAUUUAAUAUUCUUAAGUUGGAAAUUAAUCCUCUUUGAAAUGGGAGAUUCGACUCAAUUAAAGAAAUGUGAUGAAUUUUUAAUUAAAUCAAAUGAUAUCAAGAAUAAGAAGGGAAAGGACUUACCAGAAACAAGAUUGACAUGUUCACCAUUGGAUUAUUUUGCAUUCAGAGAAGAUUUAUUGGAUAAAUAUCCCUUAUACAAUGAUACUAAAUUAAAAGUAUUUGAUUUUAGUGAAUUUCAUAAAAAUUUAGAUAAUUCAGAAGAUGAAAGUGAUACCGUCAGUGUUCUGUCAUCUACAUCUCUUGAUGAUAGAUAUAAAUAUUUCAUGGCCAUGAAUACUUAUUCAAAUUCAUUAACUAAUUUAGUAGAAAGACCAAAGACAAAUAAAUCCCAUACUGUUUUAAGUCAAUUACCUGCUCAAACAUUACAUAUUGCAACACCAGUUCCAUCACCUGUUCUUGAAACAUCAGAUUAUAUGUCAGGAGGAGAGAAAAUCAGAAGAUCAUAUCAGGUUAAUCAAGCCAUGCCGUUUAUUUAUCCUAAUUUAUCAUCUUUAGUAGAUACAUCAUCAGAUAAUGUUGAAGUACCUUAUGCCAUUAAAGAAGCAGACGAGAUUUUGAAGAAUUCAGUUUAUGAAAGUUAUUCAUUAAAGAGAUUAUGGGAUGAAAGACAAAAAUUCAUGAAACAAGAAAGAGGAUAUUUAAGUGAAUAUGAUAAAGAUAAGACAGAAAAACAACAACAAAAACCUAAAACAGAUAGUAUUGAUAUUGAUGAUGUGAAUGAUGAUACGGUUGAAAAGGAUAAAUCUAAAUUAUAUGACUUGUAUCCUGACCAUAAAUCUGAGAUUAAUUCCAUUUUAAGAGUUGAAAGAUUCUAUAAUAAGAAUUUAGUCCGAUUUAAUGCAUUCAUUGAAGUAUUAGUUGAUACUAUUAAAUAUAACCGAUUAGAAUAUAAUCUAAAUUUUGCGGAAAUGGAAUUAAAUCCUCAAACUUCAUAUUUUGCUACCAAUAAAGGUAAUAAUUACGAAAAUUUGCCUGAUAAAGAAGCUGCUAGAGAAAAGAUUAAUCAUAUUUUAUUACUGCAACUUGAAGUUGUUAAUGUCAAAGAAAUCACUUUAAAAGCAAGUACUAGUAUUAUCUUAUUACUUUUAAAAUGGUUCAAGAUAAGUCAUGUAUUAAAAUAUUAUUAUCUUACCUCGAUUUUAUUUGAUCAACAAUUUUUUGCCAUUAGUUUGGAUUAUUUAAGUCGAAGUUUUAAUAAUAGUAAUUUACAAAAUCUAUCAAGUCAAGAUAGUAAGAUUCAUGAAGAUUUAAAUGAAUAUGAGAUUUUAAUUAAUCAAAAUAAAUUAAUGAAUCCCAAAAUCCGAAUUCCAUCGUUUGAAUUCUUUAAUAAUUGUUUGAAUUUAAAUCAAGAUAAAUUUCAAUCGAUUAAUCUUAUAAAUAAACGAUUGAUUCUGCUGUUACCUGAAAUCCUUGAUGACAAUAAUAUUAAUCAUGUAUAUAUUUCCGAAUGCAAUGAUAAUUUUGCAUUUAUAUUAUCUAAUAUCUUAAAAAUCAUUAAAAAGAUAUUAAUCAAGAAUGUGACACAACGGAUAUUCACUUUAAAUGAAUUAAAACCAACUGAAUUAUUCAAAAUGAUAGUUAUGAAUUAUGAUAAUGAAGCAUUUACCAAACCUAUUUUAAAAACGCUAAAGAAAUUAAUUCCUUAUCAAGGUAGGAAAUGGAAAACCAUUAAUAUGGAUUUGAUUAGUUUAAUCUAUUUGAACUUAAAAUUAACUUUAAAGGAUAAUUGGUUAAGUGGGAAAGAUUUAGAAAGUGAUUUUAAUAAUUCUUUAGAUCAAGAAAUUGCUUUAAGAGCAUUAUUACAGUUUUAUAAUAUUAGAAAAUACCCUCAACAAAUGGAAUCAAUUGGAUAUCAUAUCGAUAAAGACUUUGAUAUUCCAUUUCUAAAUCUUAGCGAAGAUCAAGAUUACUUUUAAGUAUAUACCUUCCCUUUAAUAAUAGUAAUAAUAAUAAUAACAAUAAUAAUAAUAUAAACCUUUUUAGCAUUUGCAGUCAUUUAAACUGUCUUCCCAAUUAGGAAGUGGUCGUGUCCCCAGUGACAAAUAUUUUAUAGUG